CUUGUCAAACUGAGUCACUGUGAUGGAGAUGAAAGCAGAGCGUACAAGGCCAAUGCUGUCAUUUUGAACCCUGUCACAUUUUAGAAGAUAAGAUGUCUGCUCUGACAAAUGUUCUCCUUGUGGGCUUCCUGCUGCACAGUGCCCAUUGUAAUGUCUUUAGUGUCACUCUGCCAGAACGAGUGGAGGCUGUGCGUGGAUCCUGUUUGAGAAUACCCUGCUCCUUUACAAUCAGGGAUGAGUAUAUUACAAACCUGAACAAUAAAUGUAGAUCAGAAUGGAGAGAUACCAGCUCUAAACAGACACCAGUAACAUUCACAAGACCAAGAACAGAAGACUUAACCCAGAAGAACUGCACCACAACAGUGUAUAACAUCACUGAGGACCAGGGGAAAGAAGUUUACUUCAGACUGGACUGUGCCAAUCCUCUAAAAUGGACAUUUAAAGAUAAAACAAUGAAUAUUAAAGUGAAUGAAGCUCCGCCCACCCCUACACUGACUCCGUCCUCUGUGAGUGUGAGUGAGGGGCAGUCAGUGAGUGUGCAGUGCUCUGUUCCUGUCCCGUGUCUGUCUCUCCCUCCCACUCUGACAUGGAGCCCUGUCCUGGGGGACAUUCAGGAGACUCUGCAGGAGCAACUGGACAAGACCUUUGUCAAAGUGUCCACUCUCACCUUCACUGCUUCUGACUAUAAGACAAAUCUAUCAUGCUCUGCAGUCUACAGCAGGGAAAAUGACACACAUGUGUUGUCUCCUAGUGCACAAAUCACUGUUGAUAUUACAUAUCAACCCAGAAACACCAGAGUGACAGUGAGUCCCUCUGGUCCUGUGACAGAACACAGUAAUAUGUCAGUGAGCUGCAGCAGUGAUGCCAACCCAGCUGUACAGCACUACCACUGGUAUAAAACUGAUGGAGGAACUCACAUUCUGAUCGGAAACUCACCUGUUUUAAACAUGAAAGCCUCCAGAGAUACUACUGCUAUUUUCUGUCAGGCUCAGAAUGAAGUUGGGACUGAGAACUCUACUGUAGCUGAGCUGAAUGUACUCUUCCCUCCACAGAUUGUGAGCUCUUCAAACUGCACUAUAGACUCAGUCAAGAUGAGGUGUGUGUGUGAGACUGAGGGGAACCCCAUUCCCCUGAUACAGUGGAGUUUCCCAGGACUCUCUCCAAACAUCUCCAUCAUCAGUGAGCCUCUGAGUGACAAAGCUAUAAGAAGCGUCCUCACUGUUAUUAACCCACAGUGGAGAGAUCCAGUCACUUUGGUUUGUCACAGCAGAAACUCUCUGGGAUCUGACAGACAAAGAUUUGAACAUGUGCUUAAAUCUCCUGAAAAGCAAAAGGGACAAGAAGAUGUGGUCACUCCAUUGUUAAUCGCGUCAACGUUCAUUCUGAUGGUGCUGGUGUUGGUGCUUUUCUGUGUGAUCAGAACCCUGAUUGUCCGGCAUAAUAAGCGCCAGUCUUCUCCAGAGACCACAGAGCAGUUGCCAGAGAACCAAGACAGUGGGGUUUACUCUGUGAACAGGAUGAAAAAAAGCAUCAAGAGGACGGAGCAAGAGGCCAGAAGUGAUGCAGAUCCCUCAGGCAGCUCCUACCUGAAAGAGCAGAGGAAUAUUGUGGGAGAAAACAGACAAAUCAUUAUCAACAAGGAAGCAGAAUGUGUAUAUGCUCAAGUUAAAUUUAAACCCAAAACACAUACUAACCAGUAGAGGACAAUAUAAUAAAGUAAAACAGGAAAAGUGCUUGUGGUCAAAUAAUAAAAUAAGGUUAUUUUGUACAAAAAACAUCUUGAUCACACAGAACCAUAUUGCUUAAAACUUUUAGAUGUACCUUAAUAAGUGAGAUCAGUGAGGAGUAGCUUUGUUAUUACAGUUAUAGAGCAAUUGUACUUCUUUAAAAGUGCACUAUGUAACUUUUCUGGUGGUGGGUAUGUUACCUGCUUGUUUCCAUGGAGAUAUUACAGCUUUGCCAGAAAUAUUUCAGUGUGGCAUAAAACUUGUCUGUCUUGCAUUUAUUUAAUUACAGUAGUUUUAUUACCCAAAAUUAUCUUGAAAAAUGUGCGUUCUUAUUGUGAGGGGCUUGCCUCACCGUAGAUUUGACCUGUAACUGGUGGCAACAUCUGCUUGUGUCUAUGCGGAGAAUCAGGUACUAUGGAACAUUCAGCAAAGUGACAUCUCCAAGCUGAUGAUGGACUCUCCACCAGAAAAGUCUCAUAGUAUAUCUUUUAAAUGACAUAAUAUGUUCAUUAAUGUUGCUAAUGUGCUGAAAUAUGCAGGUAUCAAAUGUUGACAAUAAUUAUAUUAUGUGUGUGUGUAAUGAUGACUCAGUGUUGCAGAUGUAUUGUAUAAUAAUCCAUAUAAUAAAUGCUUUAACAAUA